UUAAAUUUAUUAAAACGACCAACGUCUUUAUAUUUAUCAAAAUAUUGAUUAUACAUACAUACAUAUAGGACUACAUGUCAUAUGAUAACACGAGACCUGAAACAAAUGAAAACGUCACAAUGAUUUUUAGACUAAUAUUGUCUGUAACACUGUGCAGUAUAAGCCAGGGACUAGACAAUGGUUUAGCUGUGACGCCACCUAUGGGCUGGUUGUCAUGGGAACGGUAUAGAUGUAACAUUGACUGUGACAAUGACCCAGAUAACUGUAUCAGCGAGAACUUGUACACAGCAAUGGCUGACGCAAUGGUAUCGGAAGGUUAUAAGGAUAAAGGUUACGAGUAUGUGAACGUGGAUGAUUGCUGGAUGGAGAAAGAACGGGACGCCAAUGGUACACUUGUAGCAGAUAGAAAACGUUUCCCACAUGGCAUGAAAUGGCUUGCUGAUUAUAUGCAUGCUAAAGGAUUGAAACUCGGUAUCUAUGAAGACUUUGGAACAUUCACAUGUGGAGGGUAUCCUGGCAGCGAAUUCUUUCUUCAAAAAGACGCCGAAACAUUUGCUUCUUGGGGAAUAGAUAUGGUGAAACUGGAUGGUUGCAACUCAAACAUUCAAGACAUGGAAUAUGGUUAUCCAGCGAUGUCAUUAUUCUUAAAUCAGACUGGACGUCCAAUGUUGUACUCCUGUAGUUGGCCAGCCUAUGUUGUCUUCUCCAAACAAAUUCCUGACUAUAAGAAGAUUGCUAGUUACUGUAACAUCUGGAGAAACUAUGCAGACAUACAAGAUUCCUGGGACAGUGUUAGAGGGAUUAUAGAAUUCUAUGGUAACGAUACUGGAAACUUCAGUCUUGUUGCCGGACCUGGCAACUAUAAUGAUCCGGACAUGAUAAUUGUUGGCGACUAUGGACUAAGUUACGAUCAACAACGGGUACAGAUGGCCAUGUGGGCGAUCAUAUCAGCGCCAUUACUAAUUUCGGUAGAUCUGAGGAACGUAAAACCUGAAGCUAAAGCUUUGUUACAGAGUGAUAUUCUAAUCAGAAUUAACCAAGACGCAAAUGGUAGCAUGGGGAAGAGAAUUAUGAAAAAUGGUGCUAUGGAAAUAUGGACGAAGAAGUUGGGGUUUGAUUUUAAAGGAAUGGCUUUUGCUUUUCUGAAUUUGGACGACGGAGGCGGUCCUAUGCGG